GUCUAUUGAUCCUAUUCUCCACAGAUGAUAAGUACGUUAAGCAUCGAUUUGGGCCAAUUUAUUUUCGGAUAACAUUUUCGUAAUUUCUUGGGCGACGAAAGGCCAUUUUCUUUGGAUAUUGAAGGCUACAGAUCACGAAUUCGGCCUGAGGUUAUUUUCCAACGAUGAUUGAGUCCAUUAAGCACCGAUUUUGGCGGAUUUAUUCCAGGUCAAUUUUUGGCAGAUUCCAUAGGUGUACCAUCACAGAUUUCGGGCGAUUUAUCCGAAAUGCCAUUUUCUUUCGAUUCUGGAGGCUACAGAUCACGGAAUCAGCCCGAGUCUAUUCUCCACCGAUAAUGAAGUCUAUUGAUCCUAUUCUCCACGGAUGAUAAUUCCGUUAAGCAUCGAUUUGGGCCAAUUUAUUUUCGGAUGGCAUUUUCGAAAUUUCUUGGGCGACGAAAGGCCAUUUUCUUUGGAUAUUGAAGGCUGCAGAUCACGGAUUCGACCUGAGGCUAUUCUCCAACGAUGAUUGAGUCCAUUAAGCACCGAUUUUGGCAGAUUUAUUCCGUGUCAAUUUUUGGCAGAUUCCAAAGGGGUACCAUCACAGAUUUCGGGCGUUUUAUUCGAAAUGCCAUUUUCUUUCGAUUCUGAAGGCUACAGAUCACGGAAUCAGGCCGAGGCUAUUCUCCACCGAUAAUGAAGUCUAUUGAUCCUAUUCUCCACGGAAGAUAAGUCCGUUAAGCAUAGAUUUGGGCCAAUUUAUUUUCGGAUGGCAUUUUUGUAAUUUCUUGGGCGACGAAAGGCCAUUUUCUUUGGAUAUUGGAGGCUACAGAUCAUGGAUUCGGCCUGAGGCUAUUCUCCAAUGAUGAUUGAGUCCAUUAAGCACCGAUUUGGGCGGAUUUAUUCCGUGUCAAUUUUUGGCAGAUUCCAAAGGGGUACCAUCACAGAUUUCGGGCGAUUUAUCCGAAAUGCCAUUUUCUUUCGAUUCUGGAGGCUACAGAUCACGGAAGCAGGCCGAUGCUAUUCUCCACCGAUAAUGAAGUCUAUUGAUCCUAUUCUCGACGGAUGAUAAUUCCGUUAAGCAUCGAUUUGGGCCAAUUUAUUUUCGGAUGGCAUUUUCGUAAUUUCUUGGGCGACGAAAGGCCAUUUUCUUUUGAUAUUGAAGGCUACAGAUCACGGAUUCGGCCUGAGGCUAUUCUCCAACGAUGAUUGAGUCCAUUAAGUACCGAUUUUGGCGGAUUUAUUCCGGGUCAAUUUUUGGCAGAUUCCAAAGGGGGCUGUUCCCAGUCCGUCCCCCGGCCGGCACGCGGCGGCCAUCCCAGCAUUCCGGCGAUUUAUCCGAAAUGCCAUUUUCUUUCGAUUCUGGAGGCUACAGAUCACGGAAUCAGGCCGAGGCUAUUCUCCACCGAUAAUGAAGUCUAUUGAUCCUAUUCUCCACGGAUGAUAAGUCCGUUAAGCAUCGAUUUGGGCCAAUUUUUUUUUCGGAUGGCAUUUUCGUAAUUUCUCGGGCGACGAAAGGUCAUUUUAUUUGGAUAUUGAAGGCUACAGAUCACGGAUUCGGCCUGAGGCUAUUCUCCAAUGAUGAUUGAAUCCAUUAAGCACCGAUUUGGGCGGAUUUAUUCCGGGUCAAUUUUUUCGCAGAUUGCAAAGGGGUACCAUCACAGGUUUCAGGCGAUUUAUCCGAAAUGACAUUUUCUUUCGAUUCUGGAGGCUACAGAUCACGGAAUCAUGCUGAGGCUAUUCUCCACCGAUAAUGAAGUCUAUUGAUCCUAUUUUCCACGAAUGAUAAGUCUGUUAAGCAUCGAUUUGGGCCAAUUUAUUUUCGGAUGGCAUUUUCGUAAUUUCUUGGGCGACGAAAGGCCAUUUUCUUUGGAUAUUGAAGGCUACAGAUCACGGAUUCGGCCUGAGGCUAUUCUCCAACGACGAUUGAGUCCAUUAAGCACCGAUUUGGGGGGAUUUAUUCUGGGACAAUUUUUGGCAGAUUCCAAAGGGGUACAAUCACAGAUUUCGGGCGAUUUAUCUGAAAUGCCAUUAUCUUUCGAUUCUGGAGGCUACAGAUCACGCAAUCAGGCCGAGGCUAUUCUCCACCGAAAAUGAAGUCUAUUGAUCCUAUUCUCCACGAAUGAUAAGUCCGUUAAGCAUCGAUUUGGGCCAAUUUAUUUUCUUAUGGCAUUUUCGUAAUUUCUUAGGCGACGAAAGGCCAUUUUCUUUGGAUAUUGAAGGCUACAGAUCACGGAUUCGGCUUGAGGCUAUUCUCCAACGACGAUUGAGUCCAUUAAGCACCGAUUUGGGCGCAUUUAUUCCGGGUCAAUUUUUGGCAGAUUCCAAAAGGGUACCAUCACAGAUUUCGGGCGAUUUAUCCGAAAUGCCAUUUUCUUUCGAUUCUGGAAGCUACAGAUCACGGAAUCAGGCCGAGGCUAUUCUCCAACGAUAAUGAAGUCUAUUGAUCCUAUUCUCCACGAAUGAUAAGUCCGUUAAACAUCGAUUUUGGCAAAUUUAUUUUCGGAUGGCAUUUUCGUAAAUUCUUGGGCGACGAAAGGCCAUUUUCUUUGGAUAUUGAAGGCUACAGAUCACGGAUUCGGCCUGAGGCUAUUCUCCACCAACGAUUGAGUCCAUUAAGCACCGAUUUGGGCGGAUUUAUUCCGGGUCAAUUUUUGGCAAAUUCCAAAGGGGUACCAUCACAGAUUUCGGGCGAUUUAUCCGAAAUGCCUUUUUCUUUCGAUUCUGGAGGCUACAUAUCACGGAAUCAUGCCGAGGCUAUUCUCCACCGAUAAUGAAGUCUAUUGAUCCUAUUCUCCACGAAUGAUAAGUCUGUUAAGCAUCGAUUUGGGCCAAUUUAUUUUCGGAUGGCAUUUUCGUAAUUUCUUGGGCGACGAAAGGCCAUUUUCUUUGGAUAUUGAAGGCUACAGAUCACGGAUUCGGCCUGAGGCUAUUCUCCAACGACGAUUGAGUCCAUUAAGCACCGAUUUGGGCGGAUUUAUUCCGGGACAAUUUUUGGCAGAUUCCAAAGGGGUACCAUCACAGAUUUCGGGCGAUUUAUCCGAAAUGCCAUUUUUUUCCGAUUCUGGAGGCUAUAUAUCACGGAAUCAGGCCUAGGCUAUUCUCCACCGAUAAUGAAGUCUAUUGAUCCUAUUCUCCACGAAUGAUAAGUCCGUUAAGCAUCGAUUUGGGCCAAUUUAUUUUCGUAUGGCAUUUUCGUAAUUUCUUGGGCGACGAAAGGCCAUUUUCUUUGGAUAUUGAAGGCUACAGAUCACGGAUUCGGCCUGACGCUAUUCUCCAACGAUGAUUGAUUCCAUUAAGCACCGAUUUCGGCGGAAUUAUUCCGUGUCAAUUUUUGGCAGAUUCUAAAGGGGUACCAUCACAGAUUUCGGGCGAUUUAUCCGAAAUGCCAUUUUCUUUUGAUUCUGGAGGCUACAGAUCACGGAAUCAGGCCGAGGCUAUUCUCCACCGAUAAUGAAGUCUAUUGAUCCUAUUCUCCACGAAUGAUAUGUCCGUUAAGUAUCGAUUUGUGCAUAUUUAUUUUCGGAUGGCAUUUUCGUAAUUUUUUUGGGCGACGAAAGACCAUUUUCUUAGGAUAAUGAAGGCUACAGAUCACGGAUUCGGCCUGAGGCUAUUCUCCAACGAUGAUUGAGUCCAUUAAGCACCGAUUUGGGCGGAUUUAUUCCGGGUCAAUUUUUGGCAGAUUCCAAAGGGGUACCAUCACAGAUUUCGGGCGAUUUAUCCGAAAUGCCAUUUUCUUUCGAUUCUGGAGGCUACAGAUCACGGAAUCAGGUCGAGGCUAUUCUCCACCGAUAAUGAAGUGUAUUGAUCCUA